AUGGCAUUGUGUCCAAGUUAUUGUCAUAGUUUUUGUAACGAUCCAUGUAAUCUAUGUUGUAGUAGUCAACUUGAUUUCUGCAAUCCAUGGAAUUGUUGUGAUACAUUUUCAUCAAGUUGCUGCAUUCCACCACAGAUUAUUCGAUGUAGUGUACCAUGUCAACCAUUUACAGAAAUAACAACAACUACAACUACAACUAAUGAGACAUGUUGCCAACCAAGGAAAGUAAUAGCAGAUUCAGAAAAGCUUAUUAUUCGUUUGAGUAUUGCUGAACUUAAUCCAGAUACAAUCAAAACAAUAAUCAAAGACGGGAAAUUGGUUGUUGAAGCAAGUCGCGAAGAUCGAGGUCAGCAUGGUGAUUAUAAUAUUCGACAAUUCAGAAAAACAUAUGAAAUACCUAAAAAUGCUGAUAUUGAAUGUAUGACUUCACAUGUAACAUUAGACGAUGUACUUGUUAUUGAAGUACCUAUUCGUAAAUCAGAAAAUCAAAGUGGUCUCACACAAACAGAAACAGAAACUGACACAACUCUAAAUGAUACAACUCAAAGUUACUCAACUCAAAAUGACACAAUUCAAAAUUACGCAUCUCUAAAUGACACAACUCAAAAUUAUGCAACUCUAAAUGGUACAACUCAAAGUUCAGAUCAAACUGGUGACUCUGAUAAAUCAUUAUCUGAUUAUAUUACUCUCUUAAUGAAUUCAGAUUUUCAUCCACGUCUUAUUACUAAAGGUGAUAAUAAAAAAGUAUUAGAAAUGUCAAUUGAUGUGAAAAAGAGUCGACCGGAAGAAAUUAAUGUUUCAUUAAAAAAUAAUGAAUUAACUGUUCGAGGUGAACAUAAAACUAAUGAGAAUAAUCAUGCAAGACGAGCACGCUUUUUCAGACAAACAACAUUACCAUCUGGUGCACAAAUUGAUCAAUUGAAAACAGUAUUGAAAAAUGAUGGACAUUUGAAAAUUGAAGUACCACUUAAUUGA